GGGGGCCGGCGGGGAGCGCCGAGCGCCGAGCCAGACAGCGGCUCAUUAGCCAAGCCGCCGCCGGGAUGAACUUGUCGGGGACCUGAGGCCGGAGCCGCGCCGAGCCGAGCCAGGGAGGGCCACGCCGGAGCCGGGAAGGAGGCAGGCAGGCAAGCGGCAGGGCCCGCGCCUCGCGCCCCUCCGCCGCCCGCCCGCCCGCCGCGCUUCCAAGUGGAUGUCAAGCGCUGGGCGAGCGCCGCUCCAAGAUGCUCCUAGUUUCCCCGCGGGUCGAAGCACCACGCAUGGAGCCGCACCUCACGUUACAGGGAUCCGUGAAGAGGAAAGUAGAAGAUGACGCUUCGCCAGCCUCCGGCGCCAUGCCCGACAUCCUCUUCCCCAGUGAGAGUAAACGACUUUGUCUUGAGGAUGUCACUCUUUCCAUGGGUCCUGGGACCAAUUCUGUUUCAUGCCCCGAUAUGCAAAGCUCUCCAUUCUCGGCCAAUCACGGGAGCUCCACCAUGCCCGGACACGGAAUGCUCCUGGAAAAUAACCACAUGAACGGGAGCGGGAUUGGGUCUCCGUUUUCCGUCCCACCUAACGCUGAAGUUGGGCAGAAGGGGCCCCUCGGGAGCCAUUAUGGCGACAAAGGGAGCAACAUGCAUGCUGUGGACCAGGAACUGCAAGAUUUGUUGGAAGAGUUGACCAAGAUGCCGGACCCUUCCCCCAACGAGCUGGACCUUGAAAAGAUCUUAGGGAGCAAACCUGAAGAGCCCAUGGGCAACCUGGCCCACCCUCCCACAGCCAUGAACAGCUCUUCCAAGUCUUCUCCGCAGGCCGCCCCCUUGGAGAACCAUCUCCCCAACAAAGAUUUUUCUCCUGGAUGCAACCCAAGCGGUGGGUCCCCGCAGAUGACGUCGUCUUCUGGAGCCAGCUACUCCGUUCCGUCUCAAAACAAGGCUGUUGCUUCGCCCAUUUCUUCAACUACAGCCAGCAAGGGCCAGACUCAAGCCAUGCAUAUGUCUGGGACCAAUUGGCACGCCCAGCAAUUGAAGCACUUAGCCAGCAAGCAAGCCCCAACGUCCAAGCCCCCGACGCCAAACUGGCCCACCCUAUCUUCUCAAGGUCUUUCCCCUCCUUACCGGCAAGGGUCUUCUCCGCACCACCAGCCCUUCAGUCCUCAAAAUGUCAUGAUCUCCAGCAUGACUCCUAACGGCCUUCCGGGAAGCAAUAUUCAGAGUCCACAGAAUCCUCUGCUGUCAAGCAUCACGUCUAACAGCAAUCCACCCGGAGGUCUGUCUCCUCCUUUCGGGCCAGAGAGACUCUCCAGUCCGGUCCUCAACCAGCAAUCUUUCAGCCCUCCAAACUCCAUCCUGCCCAACAUUUCAGCCAACAGCAUUAAAAGUUCCCCGAACCCUUUGGGGCCUCCGAAUGCUGGACCUUCGCCCUACAGGCCAGAGAAGCUUUCUAGCCCAGCUUUGCACCAACCACCUUUUAGCCCUCAAAGUACCUUGAUCCCCGCCCCCACCCCCACCAGCAACCCCCCCAACCUGCAGGGUUCCCUCUACAAAGCCAUGCCCUCCGCCCAGUCCAAGAACAUGAACGUCAUCAUGACGCAGUCUUCCAACAGCAUUCAACCGGGGUUGGGGAGCGAAGGUCCCGUGGCCCAGGACCAGUUUUCCUUCAGCAAUACCAAGCCCCUCUCCCAUUUCAACUCAGAGACCCCCCCUGCCCAGAAGAUGUCGCCGAUGGCGUCCAACUCGGGGCAGCAGUCGCUCAUGCAUUAUCUUCAGCAACAAGCUGCAACUUCUCCGCAGUCCCAACAAGUCAACAACAACCAGUUCCUUCAGCAGCAGCUGCGGCAGUUGAUGCAGCCCUCACGGAUGCAACAACGGCACGUCCAGCCGUCCCCGCUCUCCUCACAAGUGCGACAGGACCAGACGCCUGCUGGCAUCGGCGCUCGAAUGCAGGAGCCAGGAGUGCCCGCCAACUCAGGGUCAGUGCCUGCCCCGGCUCCGCCCUUGGUGAAUGACUACACCCUGAGAAACCAACUCCUAAAACAGCAAAUUAUGAGACGGCGGCAACAACAGCAGCAGCAGCAACAACAACAGCAGCAGCAACAGCAGCAACAGCUCCAGGAAAAGCAGAGGCAUGGCAUGAUGGGCGUGGCGACUGAGCAAAGGAGUCCCUUUGUGGGCCAACAGAUGAACCAGUUUCCUGCAGUCUCACAGUCCAUGGCGACCGACUGCAGCCAGACCAUGCAAGGCCCUGGCUCCACCCACCGCCUGAUGCCUCCGGCCCAAGGGAUGCUGCAGGGCACGCUGGCCUCUGGCCUUGGCCCAGCCGCCGUGAACCAGAGCAGCGGAGCGAUGGUGAUGAUCCCCCACAACCCCAACAAGCAGCCGGCCAUCUUCCCCCCGAAUUCCGAUUUCAACCUCCCGCUCCGAGGAAGCCAGAACUCCUUGGGCAUGACUUCGGGAUGUCAGACCGUCCACAGCCAUCCCGCAGCCCGGCCAGUGAUGGCCGCUCCCACCUUUGCCACUGGGACUCUAGUGACCCAUUCUUCUGUCCAGCAGCACUUGAGGCAACCAGCCAUGGCCAGAAUGCCUGCCAUCUAUUCGAAUUCCUCCGCCCCGAUGUGGACGCCCACGGUCAUCCCGAGGAUGCCCACUCAAAAUCCGAUGGAGGCCACCUUGCACCAGUUCUCCAACAACCCCGUCUUCUCCAAGCAGAACAUCAGGUCAAGCAUCCCCAGCCAGCCCUUUUCCCACCAAGCUGGGCCUCCGCCCAACCAGAUUGUCCCCGGGAUGCAGGCCAGACAGAUGCAAAAAAUGAACGUUGGACCUUCGAACCAAAGCUUAAUCCCUCCAAAUAAUCAGAACCUGAGACACAGUUUAAGCAGAGGCUCUUUGCCAGCCACCAUGAAUGUUCUGAAAUCAAUGCCCCAAGGGGUCUCGGGAUUCAACCAACUCAACGUUGGGCCACCCAGUUAUCCAGGCCCGGCAGGGCAGUCCUCCAUCACGUUCAACCGGAUGAACGCUCCUUUGGAGUUAUUGCCGCAAUACGACUUUGUACCACAGCAGAGCAACGCCAUGCUACCCGGAGCGUGCAGCGAAGUUGACUUGCUUGACUCUUUGAUGAAGAACAGUGUUGGCACUGAUGAAGACUUGCUAAAUAGUUUGACAUUGCUAGACGAUAUUUUGGGGCAGCACGUUCAGAGUGCCGGACAUGUCUGAUUCUCGAGAGAAACGGAAGGAGGUGUAAAUAAUUUGCAGGAUCUGAAACGGAACCGAAGCAGGGACAAAAACAUAUUCUAAAUCUUCUUUCUUUCCGAAUCGAAAGAAAAAAAAGAUGUAUACUUGGCUUAACUUGUCCUCUGGGUUUUGUUUUAGUUUUCUUUUUUCAAACGGCCGUGUACAUAUUUGAAUAUUUUGUAAAUUAUGUUUUCCUAAACAUUAAAUAUGGAAGUAUUUAUACUUCUUUGCUGGACAUUGUAAAUACCUUAUAGACUACUUUUUUUCUUAUAUUAUAGGAAUUACACUUUGGUCUAAAUAUGCAAAUAUUAUUGUUAGUUCCAGUAAUACUGUGUAUUACAGCAUCAAAUAUUUUAUGUUUUGACAUAACGUAUGAAUGAGGGGGUGCCCUGGAAAACAGAAUGAACUGAAAGAACAAUUUGCAGUGAUUCUUACUUCCCUCCUCCUUAGUGCAAAUUGGAUAAAUCCCCAUUUUUUGAUCAGCCGCCAAAACAGCUUCACAGAAUAGCUCCGUAGGACAAGCUCCUACAUGAAAUGAAAAAAUGUUGUUUUUGUUUUUUUCACCUGGGGGUUUCUUCACGCAGUGAGUAUCUCCUCACAGCACAAUUUUAAGGGGACGCAAAAUUUGGGGUGGGGUGUGGCACACAUUGGGAACCCUUUGAGUCCAAUCUGGUCUGUGUAAAAAACGCAUGGUGGGAACGUUCUCCCCAAAAACCUGAUUGCUCCAAACUAGCCGAUCCUGGAAAUUGUAAAAAAGAAAAAUCAAUUUCACAAGAAUAUUCCAUGCUCUCUUCCAGCCCUCCCUGUUUAUCCUUCUCUUUAUUUGUACACCUGCCUCAUUUUUGUUUUUGUUUUCUAACAAUUCCUGUGUUGUGCUACCUCUUAAGUAAAGACACCAGUGCUUCGUAGUUUCCCCUCUAAUUACUUGGCCUUUCUUUGUUUUUGUUUUGAAAAAAGAACCUGUUGAAAUAUUAGGAAUCCCAAGGCAGGGACACCAUUGAACCUCUGGGGUCUGCACAGCCUUUCCUAGAAACCUCGAGCAAUGUGUUUGUAUGUGUGAAGAAACCCCAUGAAUAAUAUCCAAGAGAGGUAGCUUCUUUCUUCCCAAAUGCUCAUCAGCAAGGCUCCCCCCGUGAGAGUACAGGCAGUCCUUGACAUAGGACCAUAAUUGUAUCUGUCCGUGAUAAUUGUAUGACAGACAUAAAACUCAUCUUUGCGGCUUUUGUUGUGGCAGUCAUUAAGAAAAUGUGGUUGUAAAGUAGCCAAACACCACGGUCUUUAAGCAAACCAAUGUUUUCUUAUUGGUGUGGUUUUGCUGAAAACCGGAUGUAAGUGCCAGUUUUCAGGGAAAACCAUCCUAAAAUACGACCAUGUAAAUAAGCCAUAAUUGUGGCCGUGUUGCUGAGCAUCAGAUCAGCCUAUGACUGCAGAAGGAGUCACCAUCAUCAGACCUUUGAAUCCAGGCUGUUAGGAUGAGUCGUAACUUUGAAUGGUUGGUAGUCAAGAACUACCAGGAAGCAAGACCUGCGGAUGUUGUGGUUACACCAAGCUGCCGCUGGAGAAAUCAUCAAAUGUUGGUCUUGAGAACGCAUUAAAAUGCCAAGGCUAUUUUACAAAAUUAUCUAUGCCAGGAUGCCCAGAUCUAAAAACAGUUGUCUUUCUGAUUUGCCCACCUCAACCAUGUAUAUUUGUAGCAUACCAAUGCUUUGUUCUUGGCUCCAAAUGAUGAUGAUUACUUUUUGUAUUCUGUUUUUAAAAUACAGAUUCCCCCUCUCCUGCCCCAAUUCCCCGAGAUAAAGAUGUCGAUAAAAACACAACAUAACUUAACUUUGGAUGUUUUUUCUUUCAUUGUAUAUUUAAAGAGUCUGUUUAUCAAAAAAAAAAAAUCCAUUGUACUGUACACUUCUUCAAAAAAAAUGUUCCUACUUUGUGUAACCAUAUUUUAAUAGCCAAACUUCCUCCUUCAUUUGUAAAAUAACAUUCAUGUCAAAUACACCAAACUGUUUUUUCCUUCAUACCAUAAUAAACUGCCAGAGAAAAAUUGCA